AUGGGCGGCAAGAAAGUGUGCGUCGUGGGCUCCGGCAACUGGGGCUCGGCCAUCGCCAAGAUCGCGGGCAGCAACGCGGCGCGGCUGAGCACCUUCGAGAACCUGGUGAGCAUGUGGGUGCUGGAGGAGGAGGUGGGCGGCCGGCGGCUCACCGAAAUCAUCAACACGGAGCACGAGAACGUCAAGUACCUGCCGGGACACAAGCUGCCCCCAACGUGGUGAGUGGCAGAGCCAGACCUGCUGAAAGCCUGCGCCGGGGCCGAUGUCCUCCUGUUCGUGGUGCCCCACCAGUUCAUCGGCAAGGUCUGCGAGCAGCUCAAGGGCCACGUGAAGAAAGGUGCUAUCGGGAUGUCGCUCAUCAAGGGGGUGGACGAAGGACCAGACGGGCUGAGGCUGAUCUCAGACAUUAUCCACGAGAAACUGGGAAUAGAGAUGAGCGUCCUCAUGGGGGCCAACAUUGCUAAUGAAGUGGCAGAAGAGAAGUUCUGUGAAACAACCAUCGGGUGCAAGAACGCGCAGCAUGGGCAGAUCCUGAAGGAGCUGAUGCAGACACCGAAUUUCCGCGUCACGGUGGUGCAGGAGGCUGACACCGUAGAGAUCUGUGGGGCGCUCAAGAACGUCGUGGCUGUAGGGGCUGGUUUCUGUGAUGGCCUCGGCUUCGGAGACAACACGAAGGCUGCUGUUAUCCGUCUGGGACUGAUGGAGAUGAUUGGCUUCGCCAAACUCUUCUGCAAGGGGCCCGUCACCCCCUCCACCUUCCUGGAGAGCUGCGGGGUCGCUGAUCUCAUCACUACCUGCUACGGUGGUCGCAACCGCAAGGUGGCUGAGGCUUUUGCCAAGACUGGCAAGUCUAUUGAGCAACUGGAGAAGGAGAUGUUGAACGGUCAGAAGCUGCAGGGUCCCCAGACGUCUGCUGAGCUGCAUCGCAUCCUUAAAAGCAAGAACAUGGUGGAGAAGUUCCCCCUCUUCACAGCCGUGUAUCAGAUCUGCUACGAGGGCAAACCUGUUACCGAUGUCAUCAAGUGUCUCCAGAACCACCCCGAGCACAUGUAAGUGGGCUCUGCCUGCAAAACCACCAAUCCUGCUGAGAUGAGCAGAGAGCUCCUGCCCGCACCAACUUGCUGCUGCUACAGCUUUGUGAGGAGUCCAGAUUUCCUGGGAGCCUUUGCAGAGCGCUGGAAGGGCAGAGGUUCCCCUUCUCAGCCCUGGAGACUGCCAGCCUGAGCCUGGCAUCUGCACGGAGGUACCUGCUGAUCUCCCUCUCUCUUCGAAGGGCUCGUUUAGCUUCUGCUUCUGUCUAGGGUCUGCCCUGAGCGGGGCUGAGCAUCUUCCUCCUUUCACUUUCUUUUGCUGCGAUGGACUCAGUUCUCAGAGGGACUCUGCUUAAGUCGUCUUGAUCAAUACAGGCUGUGCAGGAGGCACUGCCUUGGAGGGCAAGCUUUGCUAUUAGCCCCAUGGGGCCACCUCGCAUGACACCAGCUCUUUCCUGCUUGCUGCUGUUGCUUUUGGCUUUACUGCCUCGCAGAGGGGGCACGGUUCCCUGCCAGGCUCCACCAGAGACUGAAGCUCCUGAGGACUUUCAAAGGGGCUGAUAAUCACUCUUCUUUCUAAGAAGCACCAGCACAGAAAAUAGCUCUUUGCCACCCUGCCAUGCGCUGCUUCCCCAGCCACCACCAGCUGCUCCUGCUGAACGGGACGGCCGAGGCUCUGCGUGUGAGGACAGCUCCGGAGGGAGCCCUCGGAGCUCAGUUAUUCAGCUUUUUCCUCUCACACCCAAGCCUGGCCGCUGACCCCUUUCGUCACUGAUUUGUCUGUGCUAAUUCCAUGCCCGCUGACUGUCCCUGGGCAGCCUUCCUCCCUCGCCUUGGUUUGUCCUCUGGCUGGCUUUGGCAACGCAGGGACCAACUGCCCCAAAGUUUUUCUGAGCAGCUGGCAGGCAGCGUAGCCCUUGGCAGUGUACCUGCCGAAGCAGUUGGGCCAUGGUGCUUUUAGAUGAGUGAUCCGCAGCAGCUUUUGCCUUCACUCUGGCUUGCUCUGGUCUGUGCCUUAGGCUGCUCUUUGCUUCUUUCCGUGGCUUUAUAGGAGCUGAGAAAGCAGGUUCCACGCUUUCCCUGCUGCCCCUCGUGGGAGGGUGCUGGCAAUUGCCCGCUAGCGCAAGGGGCAGCAAAGGACGUGAUCCACAGAGGUACAGGCAGACCUCCAGCAUCACAACAGAGGACAGAGGUCUCGUGCCUCAUGCCGUGCCUUUGGAACUUGCCCCUUGUCCAGCUGGCUGCCACGUGCCUCUCUGGGCCUCUGAAGCUGGUUCACUCUGCUCGUGUUUGCUCAGGCCCGCGUGUCCGGCGGUUCACUGAUCCCUGUCUGGGCUGGCAGGCUGCUGGAGCUGCUGCAGAUCUCGCUGUCCGCCCCCGUUCCGGGUCCUAGUGCCAUUGGGUCUCUGACUAGCAGUGUACUUUAUAAAUGUUUAAAAUAAUAAUAAAUUUGGAGAGGGAA